CUCUUGCAAACGUUCCCAGAGCUGAAAAUACUCUGUUUAUGAGCGUAAUAGAAAUGUUUAAAUUGAGUUAUAGCACCUGGAAGCUAUUAGGGAAGAAAUGGUGUAUGGGAAGAACUAGAAUCAUAUUAACAAAUGUUACCAGAGGCCCUUUCAACCGAGGAUAUAGUUUUCCUGCUUAUGUAGGCAUAUUCGCAGCGAGUGCAUUCCCAGCUGUGCCCUGUCAGCCAAAGGACCAAAUCUAUUGUGCUCACUUCUUUUCCCAUCGUCAGUGAGUCCUUUAAGCUUUUGUAGUGCAGCACUAGCUGAUUCAUCAAGGACGUAUCACAACUGAAUCCCCCCCAGGGAUAGAAAGCUGUUUUCAUUUCUAACAUGUUGUAACAUUACCAAAUCUCUAUCUCCUUUUUAUUAGAAAGAUAUCAACUUGAUUUUCCUUGCAUUUCCCAACUGAAGACUAAAGCAGACUCACAUUAGGUUACUGUUACAGGAUAAUGGAAUACAUCUCUUUUGUCCCAUAAAAAAAUCAUUUUAACACCAAAUCCCUGUGUGUACGCUGUAGAGGAUGAGGACUACAACACUCAUUGGCCUUCUUCUGAUCAUCAAUCUAUGCGCUAGCUAUGCUCAAGAUGGCCAGUCUGUACACAAAAAUGAUAAACAGAGGCGAAUGCUGAAAAGGCGCAGAAGAGUUUCUUCAAACAAACAACAGCUGAUAAAGCCGUCACCCAUCCCAGUACCAGAUUCCAAUGUACAGCUUUUCAGUUCAGAUGACACCAUAGUGCAUAUUUUACAAUCCAUCACAGGUGUGCGUGAACAAGCACCGAGCUACAACAUAUUACCAGUGAAGAAAGGACACUGCACGGUGAACGGGAUGGUUAUGUAUCACAAGGCUGUGUGGUCACCAAAGCCUUGUGUUACCUGCAUGUGCUCAGAUGGAAAUGCUAUAUGUGAUGAGACGGUCUGCAGUGUUCUCACGUGUCCUGUAACUGUGGUUCCGGAGGGUGAAUGCUGUCCGGUGUGCAGCGACAUUGUGCUUAACAGUUUUUCAGUGGACACUAGACUUGAAUUUUCUGGUGAUUCUCCAGAGCCGAAUGACCCCAGUGAUGUUAAUUUGAUGAAGUCCUUAAGGACCCAAGAAGAAAUGGAUGAGCUUCUUAGAAUAGAGGAAGAGGAACGUCAAGAAGAAGAAAAGAGAAUAGAGGCAAAAGAACAACAAAAAAGGAAAAAGAAAGAGGAAACGAAACGUCAAAAUGAGAAAAAGAGAAGAAAAGAAAUUGAAGCAGAAGAACUGGCAACGAGACUAGAAGAAGAAAGACGGAAAGCAAAUGAAGAGGAGGAACUGAAGCUAGAGGAAGAGAUGAAAAAGAGAGAAGAGAUAAGGCAAAAAGAAGAGGAAGAUAGGAGAGAAGAAGAAGUGGAACGGCUAGCAAGAGAACGAAAACAAAGAGAAAGGGAAGAGAGAGAGAGAGAAGAUGAAGACGAUGAGGAAGAGGAUGAUGAAAACUAUAUUUUGAGAGGAGAUACUUUCAGGGUCCCAUCACGCUCAAGUCCACGUCGAACACAGAUCCACCACCCAGCAUUGCCAGCCGGUUGUUUCAUCUCUGAAAUUACGGUUAGCUGUUCUAAUGCUAAAUUAACAGGAAUACCUCCAAUCUCAGAUCCUGAUGUGAAGAGUUUAGAUCUUCUUGGAAAUUUUAUCACUUCAAUACCAAAAGGUGCGUUCAAUGGUAUGCCUAACCUAGAGAGAAUUGAUCUUAGCAAGAAUAAAAUUAUGUCUACUGGAAUAGACAUAGAAGCGUUUAAGUCAAUGAGGAAUUUGAAACGUCUGUAUUUGGAUGGGAACCUCCUGGUCCAGAUACCAACUGAAUUACCAUCAACUCUGGAGGAACUGAAAAUGAAUGAAAAUAAACUUGGUGGACUUGAGAAAAACAGUUUACAAGAUCUUAAGAACUUGGUAACCUUGGAACUGGAAGGCAAUCACCUCAAUGAAGGUAAUGUCAGCCCCUUAGCAUUCAAACCACUUGAACACUUAUCUUAUCUGCGACUAGGCAGGAACACAUUCCGGACCAUACCACAAGGACUUCCAGCAUCUAUUGAGGAACUCCAUCUUGAAAACAAUGAGAUUGAGGAGAUAUCAGAGACCUCAUUUAAUCACACUACCCGGCUAAACACUGUGGUAUUAAGGCACAACAAGAUUGAUGAGGCACGAAUAGCUCCUCUGGCUUGGAUCUUGCAUGAGAAUCUGGAAUCAAUAGAUCUUUCUUACAACAAGCUUGUUCAUGUACCGUCCUACUUACCGAAAUCAUUGCUACACCUUGUGCUCGUUGGAAAUGAAAUUGAGAGGAUUCCAGGUUAUGUGUUUGCACACAUGUCACCGGGGCUGGAAUACCUCUACCUUUCUUUCAACAAGCUUGACAACGAUGGGAUGGACCCAAUAUCAUUCCAUGGGGCUUAUCACUCAUUAAGAGAAAUAUUUCUGGAUUACAACGAGCUGAAGAGUGUUCCAGUUGGACUGGAAGAUAUGAAAGAUCUUCAUAUUCUCAGACUCAACAACAAUAAAAUCAGGUCUGUCUCUCCAAACUGUAUCUGCAGUUCUGAGGACGAAAGGGAUUCGAACAUAGAGUAUUUACACCUUGAAAACAAUUACAUCAAUACAAGAGAAAUAUCACCCUACGCGUUUUCCUGCAUACGUUCAUAUUCAAGUGUUAUACUUAAACCCCAGAAGGUGAAGUAACAAAAUAUUCCAUUUCCACAAACUGAGAAUGACAUUUUAUUACACUGUUUGUAAAAAUGGUGUAAAAAUUAAAGGGCGUAAAGGAUAACUGUAAAAAGUUUGUCUUUUGAAACAAAAGUCUCUAAGGGAAUUUAGCUUCAAGUUAAAAAGACCAAGAAUACACGGUUGCAGACGUUUUUAGUGUCCACGGAUUGUAAAUAUUCUACUUAUAUGUCAAUUUUAUUAUAGCAGCUAUUGUAUUUAGACUGGAAAAUGUUUCCAGAUUUUGGAGGAAUAUCCCCAGACAAUUCCUAAAUGAAAUAUUUGUUGCUUAGGCUGCACAGAGUGAUGGUCUAAUUUGUACAUUCCAAACCAAUUUAUAUACAGACAGAAUUGUUACUAUGCUGAGUGGAAAAGUAAAAAAUUUAUUCAGGGCUGGUCCCCGUAAUUAAAGAAGCAUAAAAGUAAAUUUGUCUAUGCCUGGACAACUGAACAACAAAAGUAUUUGCAUGCAAAAGAAAUAUUUUAAAAGCUUAGCAGUCCGAAGAUACACCCCUUGAAAAGCUAGGAGGAAUUCAUGUCCCUGGUCUCCUGCGCAGCAACCAAACAUUGUCUCCUUAAAGGUGAAAAUUGAGACUUGUCCUAUACACACAGUUUUAUCAUAACUGUAGUAUGCUCUCCAGGUCUCUAAUUCCUCUGGGAGGAGCAGGGAAAACACAAUUUGCUAAAAGAUAUCUUAGCAAUGGCAGGGAAAUUAAAUAAAAGUAUGUGUGCUACAAUAUUUGUUUUAACUAAAGGUAAUUAAACAUUUUAUUUGGGGUUAAAUCUGUGUUUACUACCCAUGUAAAGGGACAUAACCGUGUUAAAAUGCUCCCCCCAAAAUAAGGUCCACUAAAGGGGCAUAUAAGUGAUGUGUUAAAGGAACAUUCAAACUUUUCAAACAUCAGUUAUAAUUAACUCCCAAAAAAUGUAUUCCUUUCUCCAUGUAAAAGUGGUUAAGUCCCUGCUGCCUCUGUUGUUUUCACCUCCCUCCAAAACAUGCUCCCUAGAAUUACCCAAGUAUUGGCUCUGGAUUGGCUGCGGCCUGCGGACAAACUUAACCACUUUUUUUCUACUUUUAUAAUCUGACAUCAAAUUUACGUUUUAUAUUUUUCUUUUCUAAAUGUAGGCUGAAUGUAAUAAAGCCAAUUAGAGGUCAUAUCGUCUGAGCCAAUAAACAAAUAAAUAAAAAUAAAAGUAGAUUUUAAGUUACACAAAUGUUGGUGACACUAGGCCAUACACUACAAUAAAGGGACUGGAACUUAUACAUUAAACAAAGUUUAUUUUCUAUGUCCCUCUAAUUGAAUCGUUUGCUGUACAUGUUAAUAAAAUCAUUUCCGCACCUCCUGCAUUUCUGGCUUUCCCAACAUCAUUAUGAAUCACUGUAUAUGGUCAGUACCAAAGUGCAGCGCUUAGGCAACAGUCCCUUCUUGUUUGACAGUGAAGAUGGUGCUGCAGUAGACGUGGAAUAGGGAAAUCUUUGAAAGUAUAAACAGGCUAAUUUAAGAGAUAUUUUUUAAUUAAUAUAUGGUGUUGUUUAAAUGACCAUUCAUAUAGUCUAUAUCUAUAGGAAUUGUUGCAACAAAACCACUAAUCAACAAAAUGCGUCAGUUCUCUUGUACAAUUAGCUUUUAUGUUUAUAUUUUGUUCUUGGUUUUAUAGCUUUGGUGCAUUCUUUUAUACAUUUGCUUUAUACUUUGUCUUUCUAGGUUAGACAUAGCUGAAACCUUCAUGUUCAACCUAAGCAUUCCUAACUAUUUAAAUAUAUAAAAUAAUCUGCAAAUAAA